UCUCGCGAUACUUCACUGCCGUGACGUAACACUCCAAACAUGAGCGAUGUCAACAAAACACAGGAGGAAUGGGACUCAGUUUUCAGUGAAAACGACUCCUUAGAGCUCUUCUCCAGCCUUGAAAAUGACAACAAACAAGCUCGAACGUUUAAGAUUAUCGUCAUAGGAGAUUCUAAUGUGGGGAAGACGUGUUUGACCUAUCGCUUCUGCGGGGGCUCUUUUCUGAAAAACCCGGAGGCGACAAUCGGAGUGGAUUUCAGGGAGAGGACGGUGCAGCUGGACGGAGAGAGGAUCAAGCUGCAGAUUUGGGACACAGCUGGCCAGGAGCGGUUCAGGAAAAGCAUGGUGGAGCACUACUACCGCAGCGUCCAUGCCGUCCUCUUUGUGUAUGACAUGACCAGUCUUCUCUCCUUUGAGAGCAUCCCUGAGUGGAUCAGCGAGUGCAGCCGACACUCUGUGGGGCCCUUAGUGCCUCAAGUGUUGGUAGGAAACAAAUGUGACCUGAGGGAAAGUUGCCAAGUGCCCACGUCGGCUGCUCAGUCUCUCGCUGACAGCCACAACAUACCUCUGUUUGAGACCUCGGCCAAAGACCCCAGUGAGAAAGAACACAUCGAUGCGAUAUUUCUGACUUUAGCUUACAGGCUGAAAAGCAACAAGACUCUGAGACUGAAGCAGCCGAGUGAGAGCAGUCUCAGGGAAAUGCGGGACCAGCAGGAGCAGGAUGCAACAUCUUGUCGAUGUUGAGGUUAUCUGUGUCCCAAAUGAGCGGAAAGUGAACGUAGAUCCUGCAGCAGACUUUAAACAGAUAAUCGAGCCGGUUUAAAAAAAUGUCUCUAAUUUGUGUUUUAAAAAAAUUGAACCGAAGCUUCCUGUGAUUCAAAACUGGACCCAUGCCACAAUGUAGAUGUAUACGUUUGUUAACCAACCUUUCUGUGAAAUGAAAAAGGGGAAUGUGGGUGUAUUCCAAGUAUUUGCACUUUAGAUGAAUGGUUAUGAAUGACUUGCAUUAUUCAAAAUCAUCACCCUUCUUAAAGGAUUCACUACUAGAUCACAACAUAGACUGUAAGUAUUAUUUUUGAAUGUAAAAUCACAGAAACAGCUCAGUCAAAAUCAGGAAUGCAAUUUUAAACAUGGAACUGUCUUUGGACGGGAUUUAAAUACAUUUUAUUUACAAAAUAAAUUUGAGUAUUAGUCCUAAUAAUGACGAUUAACUCUCAUCAAAUAUGGUAUUUAUGCUGCAUGUAUACAGCAGUAUAGUUUUCGCAAAGCUAGAGAUUUCUGACCAUGUAAAGCAGCAAAUCAAAUAAAACACUUUUUAUCUGGAUUAUAAAUGUGUAUUUUUGACUAUUCUGGUUGUUGCUCUGUAACAUUAGCUCAAACAUGUCAGGUAGCUGGUCUUGUUUGACAAAGGAACUAUGUAAGAAUAAAUCAGUUCUGAUAUUAUCUCACACUCCCUUUAAUAAUAUUAAUGAUGAUAAUAAUUAAUGCAAUAUGCCAGUCUCUGAACAAGAAAAGUUUAAUUUAUACAGCUUUAUAAUUUAACUAACUGUUGAUGAAGAUACUUUACAAUAAAAAGAGGCAUAUGGUAAAAAUGUGCUACAA